GCGAUCCGGCAAUACUAUAGUAUGAUGCUGUGGUUGGCUUUCGCCGACGAUUCUGGAAGAAGUAUGCAGAACAAGUACAACUGCUAUCUAGCUUAGCUAACUUACUUGGGCAAGCGACGAGCCGACGGUCAUAGCAGUCACGACGGUGGAGAGCCGCUGAGUCGGACGCAUUGUGUUGGGAGCGGGGCUCCGUCAUGGCCUCCAAAGUGGACCAUAGACCUACCUUUGCAGCGCUCCCCCGCGCCACUUGUCCUUGUUACUGUUUUCCCCCUGCUUAGUGAGAAUUUCAAAAUAGCUGUUUUGUUUUGGCGGCAGCUAUAAAAAUCGCCGGUCGUUACACAUUUAGGCUUCAGUUGAUCCUGGUAAUGUAUUUUUGCAGAGAAAGCAAAGCAGUUCGUUCAGAAUGUCGUCGGAAUUCCUUCUCGGAGGUGUUGCAGCGGCUAGCUCAGCUGUACUAACCAAUCCUGCCGAGGUGGUAAAAACUCGAUUUCAGCUGCAGGGCGAGCUUGAAAAUGGACGCCAGCGCCCAUACCGGAAUGUUAUUCAAGCGGCAUUGGCCAUCGGCAAGCACGAAGGAAUAGCCGGACUACAGCGUGGCUUGGCAGCAAGUAUGGCCUAUCAGUUCGUUAUGAAUGGCUUGAGAUUUGGCGUUUACCAAGCGUUCGUCGAGCAUGGUGCAAUCCACAGGAGCGAUGGAACAGUCAGCGUCCCUAGGAGCAUAGCGUUUGGUGCUUUGUCCGGAGCAACAGCUGCGUGGAUAGGGAAUCCACUGUAUUUGGUUAAAAUCAGAAUGCAGUCGUCCUGCUCAGCACCGCACCUCACUGUUGGCAUGCAGCACCACUACUCCAACAUGUACAUUGGACUACGAGAUGUUUACCAACGGCAGGGUCUCGCUGGCUUGUGGCGAGGGGCCCAUGCAUCUGUACUGCGUGUGUCGGUGGGUUCUGCCGCCCAGCUAUCAGUCUUCUCAAAGUCAAAGGAUGCUAUUGCCCGGGCACUGCGUGUCUCACAUGACAGCCACCUCGUGUCAUUUCUCGGCAGCUUUAUAUCUGGCUUCAUGGUUGUCUUCAUUAUGCACCCUUUCGAUCUUGUGUGCACGCGCUUUUUCAAUCAGCCAUCACGCGGUGCGUUAGCUGGCAGCAGCUCAAGGCAAUACAGAGGAGUGAUUGACUGCUUUCGGUCUGUGGUGACCCUGGAAGGGAUGCGCGCGCUGUAUGUCGGCUUCUGGGCUGGUUACGCUCGUCUGGCUCCACAUACUUUCCUCUGCUUGUUCAUCUGGGAUGAGCUGCGGCUGUGGACGAAUCGCUUCCGAUGAGUGUGGUUGUGAAUUUGUAGGGAUAUUCCCUGGUACCAGAGUAUGGGCAUUACCAACCUUCACUUACUUUAUGACAUUAUCCUGAAGAGAUAGAUAUACAUAUCUGCCCUUUGUUGAUACAGGGACUGGAGGUGCGCAGAUCAAGAUGUUUGCACUCAUAGGUCAGAGUCUAUUUUGCUUGUAUAUACAGUAUCAGAUUUACAUGGGUGUAUCGUAACUGUACCUGGUUGUACGCUGGACAGACUAUGAGUGCCUUUCAAGCGGUGAAUUAGCACAGCGGUGCAGCAGCGGAGCAGCGGGGCAACAUUAUCAAGUAUGUCUUGAUAAACCAUAAUUAUUUUACCGGACUGAACGUCCCCCUUGAGUUACUUUAUUCUACACUCUCAUUAUGAGCCUUUGGUGAGCUUUCCUUUACUUCCUCAAGUUUUCAAAGUUGAUGUGCUUUUAGAAAGUAUUCAGAACUACCUUCAAAGUACCUCAGCAUAUGCCUCUUUUUUAAUAUUAAAGUUUCUAUUCCUUCUAUUCCACAAAGGCCUUACUCUCAUCUACUAUUACCAAGAGUACAUAACCCCCCAGAGUGUGCAACGCCUGAUUCAGCUCUGCAUAGGGUCUUGGUCGAGCGUAAUCGGAUCUUUGCGUCAUAAUACCGUACACAUCUGAGGGGAACCCGGGGAAUCGCGGGUACUCUCGGAUCAAAAACAACGGUGCCCUGCCUCGAGACCGGCCUUGCGCUGGUGUGGAGUGUACGCAUGACAUCAGAAGAUCCGAUUACGCUCGACCAAGACCCUAUGCAGAGCUGGAUCAGGCGUUGCACACUCUGGGGGUUAUGUACUCUUGCUAUUACUACACAUGCUUCUAAUAUUACUAUCAUCAAAGUGGCACGACCAUGUUCGAUAAUACUUUUAUUAUA